AUGGAUUCUGCAACAGCCAGAUCCAGAUCUAGAAGCCCUCGGGCAUCCUCGUCUGAGGACGAGCAAUUCGAUGUUGAAGUCGAGUCCGCUGCCGAAGAGCCGGAGCUCGACGGUCAAGCUUGGCAGCUCGACUUCAACAGCUUUGGCACCGGGCCUGUCGACGUGGAUAUGAUCUUCAAACAGACUCUGCCCAGAGAAUUGCCUGUCGGGGAUGAUGUGCUGUACAUCAGCAAGGAGGGUGCGGUCCCAAAAAUCUAUCCUGAAAGGGGAUGUUUCAUUCAUUUGGCCGCACAUCCUGUGGAUGUCUUUUGUGCUGCUCCCCCUGGCUGCCGAAAUUUGUACUCUGGCAAAAGGAAGAUCUGCGAGGCACUGGUGAAGCAGGGGUUGCAACUUGCUGUGCCAUGUGUGGCUGGGGAGUCACUGAUGCUGGGGAUGACCAAGAUUCCCUGCAAAAUGUUUCUUGCUGCCUUGGAAGCCUGCAACAUAGACACAGUGUACGUGGGACACUUUGGGGCCCGGUGGCCUUGUGCCACAAUCGGGGACGGUGUCCGUGCCGGGGUCUUAGCUGGCUUAACCUCUUGGCACACUGGUGUUGACCUUGCUUGCAGACUGGGUGACAAAACCAAGAUUUUAUUGCUUGGUUUCAAUAUUGGCGACACAAGUGGUGUUACCAAUAUCCCUGCCUUCCACCCAGCCAUGUAUGGCACUUUGGAGAUCAAGGCCAGAAGAUCUGGCAGGGAAGCCCCCCUUAGGGGGAAUGAUGUGGGCAAAUAUUUGAUUGCCUACCAGCUGAAAGUCUUCACAGCUUUGGUGCUGCAUGGUGUCUUCGACAUGAAGGUGGGCUCUUGGAAGGAGAUCUCAGUCCAAGACUACAAGAUGGCCAUUGAGAAAGCUUGGGAUGAGUUUGAGAGUUUUCCUGACCACGGCCCUGGCUUCGCAGCUCGAAGACGUUCCUGGUUUAAGCUUUUGUCCACAUUGGGACAUAUUUCUGGCCGAUAUGAAAGACACAUAUUUACAUCACUGAAGCCACAGCAGGGGAACGAUGUGGCAGUGGAAGAGCAUGAAGUGGCCGCACAACACCCUGCCGAGGAGCCUUCGGCAAAGGAAGUUGCUGCUGGGCCACAGGGGUCACAAUCAAUUGGUCUGCCCAAUGCCGCCAACUACGACCACAUCCAGCAAGAGAACCAGCUGACAGAUGAGGCGAAAGCAAUCUUAACCAAGCUUCCACUCAAGACAUGCAAGGGCUCCAGGAAAUAUGUGGUAUAUUACAGAAAUGGAUGGGGUUUGUCGACCUCCAAGAAGUGCUACAAGUCAAGUGGGUUUGCGACAAGGGAAGGCUUGUCUCAAGCCGUGGCUGACUGGUGUGCAGACGGUGGCGAUGCCUGGCACCUCAGAGUCAAGCUAGACUGA